AAACCCCAUUUUCAUACAGGUUGGCAAGAUUGCCGCCUAUUUGACAUGUUAUGAUGGCGAUGUGGUAACCUCUAAUUUUACCUAACCUAUAAUUGAAAAAAUGCCUAUUACUCAGCUACUGGGAUCCAAAGACACAAACGAAUCAUGCCGAACGUUUAUUCUGCAAGGCGAAGGUCACACUUUAGGCAACGCUCUUAGAUGUGUCAUUUCUGGCUAUCCUGAUGUGGAAUUUUGCGCUUACACAGUCACUCACCCCAUGGAAUGUUCAAUGCAUCUCCGCAUUCAGAUGCGCUCAGGCCGUGCUGUGGAUGCCCUCAAACGGGGAUUGGAAGAUCUGGCAGCCCUUUCCGACCACAUUCUUGACGAGUUUUCGCGUGAGAAACAAAAUUUUGACAGUAAAGAUGAAUUGUCAACGUAACAUUUUUGAAUAAACGUCAGUUUUUUUAUAAAA